AUGUCUCGAUUUUCUGUCGUCAUCCUGCUUUCGCUGCUUGUAGUCAGUGAGGAGCUGUGGUGGCCACCAAUAGACAUAUCAUUCCAGGUGCUGGCUGAGACGGCAAAUAAACUCAUUACAAUUGCGGAGAAGCUGCCGCUUGAUCAUACGAAUGAAUCCGUUAAGGAUCUCUUUGAGGCGUUGAAGGUGGGUGAUCUCGAAGAUAACGAAACUAAUCGCAGACAAUCCUUCGAAUUACAAGCGAUGAUUCAAAGCAUGCAUCUGACCAGAUACCUUCUAAAAGUUCCGACGUUGCUCCUUGGCCUCAUCUCUGAUGACUGA